CUCUCGACCUCCUGAGCCCGACUCACGGUAUCUGCAUAGGACAUCAGCCCAUGACUUCCCACCAGUUCACGGAUCUUCUGGUUGAGCCCCUUGAGAAACUUACGGGCCUUCUUGGCAUCGGUGUUCACUGCGUCGCCCGCAGAAAGGCACAUGCGGGUGAAGGUACGGAUAUACUCAUCCACCGUGGAGCUGCCCUGCUGCAAGUGGUAAAACUCAUGCUCCAUUCUGUCCCAAAAACUCUGGGGAAGGAACUUGCUACGCACCAUCAUCUUCAUUUAUUCCCAAGAGAGUGUAUGGAGCUCCGCCUCUGGCCUCCGAGCCCAGUGUUCAAUCCACCAGUCGGAAGCAUCCUCCUUCAUCUGGUAAGCUGCAAGGGAUACCCGCUGACGGUCAAGGAGGGGAAGUACAGCGAAGAUCUUGUCCAGUUCUUUAAUCCACUCCAGCACCGCUGUGGGGUUCUCAGUCCCCGCAAAGGUUGGUGCAUUCAUCCUCUGAAACUGAAUGAUAAGCUGAGUAAGAUCCAUGGCCGGAGGGGCCUG